UGCUUUCAAUUGACCUGCAAGGGAUAAAAAUAUAGUUAGACUUAUGUAAUUCAGGUCUUAUGAGUGCAUAUUCAUGGUCAUAGUUCAAAGCACAAACAGGAGUCAGAUCCCUGUGUGCUUUACCAAAACAAACAUUUAAGAACACAGGAUGGAAACACCAGUUAUUUGCCUUCACUAUAAGUCCAAGUCACUACUAUUAAACAUCAUCAUCACGGGCGUAUUGCAAUAAAAAUGAAUCAAUAAAUGAAUAAAGAGGAUAACAAAAGUCAACUCCUCAUUAUGAGUUUCAUCGUCUCCUUUAAAUUGUCUUAUAGGCAGCUAUCGAUAUUGUUUCACGCUAGAUUAGAUUGUUACUUUUUGCUUAGCAUUACUUGAUGCACAGAAAAUUAACAGGUAAUUCUAAUCUUUAUUCCUAUUUAUUUACAUAUUUAUAUAAAGAAACAGAGUCAAAUCCCAUGUAUGCAUGAGUAGCUAUCUGCAUGUAAGCAUAUACAUGGUCAAUAAUGCUGGAUAAGGAUAAGAAAGCUAUUUGUAUUGUUCUGGCACGUUAUCAACCAAACGAGCACUCAUUGAGGAAGUCAAAAGAGCAACAGCUGGCUAGCUGGGAGGUGGUAGGGGGACCCUGUGACACUGAGCUAUGGAGUAGCCGGGGUUCGAACCAGCAACCUUGCGGUUCCCGGAGCACCCUCCCUAUAGUCCAUGCGCCACCCCUCGACCAAGUAACAAUAUCACUAUGAUAAAAAAAAAACACAUGCCAUACAAAUAACAAUAAUGAUAUUUCAAAACAUCCCUUUUGUUACACAACGUCUUGAAAUACGCACUUCCUACCGACCUUCCCCGCAUUCACGCUUCUUGACAUUCAACAGAAUGAUCUACAGUGUGGCCUGUCGUUUCUCGUUUUAUCACGGGUUAUUUACUGCCUUUAUAUCCAUGUUCAUUUGCAUGUGAUGUCGCAGGCUGGCGUCAGCAGUCCUCGCACCCAUCCCCAGCCUGUGAAGCCCGUCACCUCCCGAGCCUUUAGUGCUCCAUUUCUCUCACCUCACAUGGCCAUAAAUCACUGGUCAGCGCUCCCCGGACGGCUUAAUGUGUCAGAGAUGUCUGUUAGAACAAUUUAAUUAGCACGCAUUUUGACUUUAUGUUAUUCUAAGCUUGGUGUAUAUCAAGGGUAACCCAUACCCUGGCGUUUCCUCUCUUCCUUCCUUAAGUGGUUACUCAGCAGGCAGUCGGAUUUCCGCGGUUACCUAAGCAGGCAGUUGAAUUUUAGUGCACCUAUAUGCUAACAUUUACGGUAUUACAUGAACGCUGACUGAAGUAUGUGUGUACAGAACAUCUCUGACUACUCUUAUAAAUAAUGAAAUGUUUUACUGUACAAAUUUAGAGAAUUAUCCAAAGUCCUAUUUGCAAGGAUUUCUCAAUAUCUGCAAUACAAACGAUGACUAUACUCUUGUACAGAAAAUGAAAUGAUUUUAGUGAAGUAUCAAAUUGAUCAUUUCUCCAUAUUUGAGCAGCAAUAAAAAUUCCAGACAAAGAUAAUGUACAUGUGGACCGCUCUAUGAUACAGUUAAAUACAAUUAAAUAUUUGUUCUAUACCAAUUAGGAGAUUUCCACCUAAGUAAAAGGUAUGAGCGUAAAGCUAAUAUCUCAGAAUUUGAAGUCAUGUUAAUGAUGUGUGUUCAGGAGACCUCCGACUAUUCCUCUGCUGAAGGAAAUAUUUCUAUUGUACAGAUAGUUAUAUUCUGAAUUAAAAUUGCAUUUAAACAUUUAGAAAGUCAAUAUAUACAUAUUUGAGCUAUUAUAUAAUAUUGUUUCUUAAUGCUUCCAGACAAUGUUGGAAGUAUAUACAGUUGUGGUCUUUUUGUAUACAGUUGUAAAGAGCAUGUAUAUUAUGGCUUGCCUUGAGUUUCCAAUGAUUUCUACACCUAGAACUUAUUUGUCCGUGAUAAGAUGAUUGGAACACAUUCUUCUUUGUCACAAAAUACAUUAUUAGGUUCAUUAUUAAAUUAGGUUAUUUUACGAAUUUAGUAGGAGGCUUCUAAAAAAUCGUUUAAUUUGUAGAGUAAAAAUAUUUCAUUUUCUGUCCUAAACAUUCUUGUUUGCCUGGAAUUAUUUUAAAACGCAUUUUUAUUGCAGCUCAAAACAAGAAAUUGAACACAUACUUAUUGGACUUCUGUCAAAGUAGUGGGACAAUUUGUAAAGUAACUAUUUAGAGGUCAGAGAGGUCCUUGACACAUUUUAUUGCAGCUAAAAUAUUGAUUGAUUAUCUUUUUUGAACAUAUGGGACAUUUUUCAUUAGAGAAAUCGCUAGAUUUGUACAGGAAAAAUAUUUAAUCAUAGUAGUCAGAUGAUGGUCCUGAACACACAUACUUCAUUCCGUCAUUGUCCUGAAUUUUUAAUCAUUCCGCUAACAUGUUUGAUACCGUAAUUGUUAACCUAAAGGUGCACUGACAUUCAAGUCCCUGCUGACUUGACCACGGAAAUCAGAGUGCCUGUUAAAUUCACCGCAGGAUGAAAGCAUAAAUAAAUACAUCAAAUCCAUAAGAGCUCCUAAAUUGUUAUUAUCGUGACUUUACGCUGACAGUUUAUAUUACUAAUAAUGCAAUUAGCAUACGACCACUGUCAAAUACUUGUUGACAGGGCACCAAUAUUUCAGUUUUGUCAUUUUAAAACGAUGAUAAUAAUAAAUAAAUUGAAUUAACGUCUUUAAAUGACGUAGCCCACGUGAUUGGCCCUUCAGAGUUUCGGUGAUUAUGAGAAAACUAUAGCACCGACGCUGACAUACGCCCCUCUGCGUUGACUACUAUUGUUUCCGCCUUAUUAACCCAUUCAAUUCGUUGAAGGGGCCACCGGGUUGAUGACAAAUUACGAGCCCUUGCAGAUUGAUUUCUAAUCGCUCCGUAUUAUUUACCAACAAGGUGUCGACGGUCUUCGGGUUUCAGUCGAAUCGCAGAAGGAACGCGGCCGAUAUCUAAUUAGUGGGGAUUAUCCUCACCUACUCUCCGCUGUUGUGUGGAGGACCUCGCCCGGCCGCCCGGCUAUUGUCCGCGGCGCAGAGUGGAUUGUUGUCUUAAGGGGAUCUUGAGUGGCUUAACGUGGAUUUGACAUGUGUGAGCAAUAUGAUCGACAAAAACUCUAAUGAUAAUCACUAACUAACCCGGUACCUUCCCUCGCGUCAAACCGGCACGGUGAUGAUUGCUGAUGAUCGCAGUGAUUGUGGAGGCUAUCAAGGAUAAUCACAAUUAAUCCCAGAUCUCUACAAUGAACGAUGAUCGAAAUUAAUCUUUUUUUUUGUAUUAACAUCUACAAAUCUAAACCACCCAUGAAACCAAAUGUACCGUGCAAAGUUGGCUAAGACAUACAAACUCGUAUAUUUUGUUUUCCUUCUUGUAAAUUCCAGACUGUUUUAACACCAAGUGGUUUCCCAGGGAAACAUCUAUUAUCCUAUUAUCAAGACGAUGCCAAUGUCGCCGAUGUGUGAGGCAGUAUUUACAUGACUAUAUACCAUCAGCUACUGAAAGACUUUAUGGCUUUGUGGUCGGUCUUUUCCCCCUUGGGGUACUGGUGCCAUUCCCAAACGUUUCCUACACAUGAUGCCUCAAAGAUGCCCGUCAGUACUCAACGUAAAUUUAAUUAUGAGGAGCCAUAUUUCAUAUCAUUCACGUCGGAGCUUCCUUGUGGCAUCGAUGCAGCAGCCAUCCCCUCUUCACAUCCCUUAACAAUACAUGCUGGCAAUCCACUGCACAUGCUUGAGUUGCUGGGGGAAAGCGCUUUGGGAUUAGAGCCUGGGAAAGGCAGGUGAAUGAAUGAGGGGCUGUUUAAGUGUCUGGGUCUUUGAAGUGCACUUAUGCACCGACGGCUCCCAUUUGUCUGCGGGACGCGGCCAUCGAAGUCGUUGUCAACACUUUUUCACAGCGAAACGUUACCUGCGGGACAAAUCUGUCAAUCAAAGGGGGCAGGGACAUAUAAAUAUCAUCGGCGAGGAGUCCGGCCAGAACAUCGGAUGCCCUCCUACUCUUGCUCUCUCCUGGCACUCACACCCCGGAUACAAACGCACAGGGAUCCGUUUGGAAUACGGCUGCUAUGCGACCUUUGAAUCUCCAUCCAGCCAUGGUUCUGUCCAUGUGCUGCCAUGUCCACUUCGCAUUAGCGUGGACGGUGAAUAAUUUCCUUAUGACUGGACCUAAGGCUCUUCUCACCUAUGCUGGCAGUGUGCAAGUUGGCGCACAGAAUGGAAUACAAGAGUGUAAACACCAGUUCGCGUUGGAGAGGUGGAACUGUCCGCAAAAUACCCGCCAGUUAUCCACACAAAACGGCAUUCGAAGUGCCACAAGGGAGACGUCUUUUAUCCAUGCGAUCAGCGCAGCAGGAGUGAUGUACACGCUCACCAAGAACUGCAGUAUGGGAGACUUUGACAACUGCGGCUGCGAUGACUCAAGAAUUAGACAGACAGGUGGUAGAGGUUGGAUUUGGGGAGGCUGCAGCGAUAACGUGGCGUUUGGAGACAAGAUCUCUAAACAGUUUGUGGACGCGUUGGAAAGUGGGCACGACUCGCGCGCAGCAGUCAACCUGCAUAACAACGAGGCAGGCCGACUGGCCAUCAAAGCUACAAUGAGGAGAGCGUGCAAGUGUCACGGAGUGUCUGGGAGCUGCAGCAUCCAGACCUGCUGGAUGCAGCUGGCCGACUUCCGAGAGGUGGGGAACUACUUGAAGGGGAAGCACGAACACGCGAGGAAGCUGGAGAUGGACAAGAAGCCGGCGAAGGCCGGGAACAACGCGGACAACCGAGGGGCCAUCGCGCAAGCCUUUCGCAGCAUCGCCCGCACGGAGCUCAUCUACCUGGAAGACUCCCCGGAUUACUGCGUCAAGAACCGGAGCCGGGGGUUUCCGGGAACCGAGGGGCGCGAGUGCCUGAAGGGAAACAAGAACAUGUCCCAGUGGGAGAGAAAGAGCUGCCGCCGGCUGUGCUACGAAUGCGGCCUCCAAGUGGUGGAGAAGCGCAUCGAGGUGGUCAGCAGCUGUAACUGCAAAUUCCACUGGUGCUGCACAGUGAGGUGCGACAAAUGCACGCAAGUUGUGACAAAAUAUUAUUGUGCACGUAAAGAAGGGGGGAGAAAACCGCAGAAUAAAACCAGGCGCAGGCACCGUGCAAAGGGCAGGCACUGACGUUAUCCAUGACAUCGUCAACAUACAUCAUCACUCGAUCAAGGAGCAUUAUUCUGUACUGUAUAUGUUGUUUUCCACCACAUCACCUGAAGCCUUUUAAUGCACUUGAUCUAAGCUAUUUGAUCCUAUAAAUCACGGGAUGUACUUUUGGAGGACCAAACUCUUUCGUUUCGAGCAAUUUGUUGCGUCCGACUUCUGUGAAGUCUGAAAUGUUGCAUCCUUGGAGAUGUUUUAUUAAUUGAAAAUGUUACCUAAUAAACCUUAUUUGUUGUAGAAUA